UGUUCCCUCUCUCCUGGCCUGAGCUGAGCGGCUUCCCUGUUCUUCCUUGGGGCAGGGAGAGUGGAGACGCCGCCCGGCACAACCCCCAUGCUCAGAGAGGGAGUCAGGGAGCAUAGCAGCAUGGCUGAACAAGAAGGUAGUGGCUUGCAGGUGCUUCUGUCUACUCUUCAGACUUCGUGCGACAAGGAUGUGAUUCUGAAUAUCUUAAGCGUUCUCACUGAUCUUCUUUCUGUUGGAACAAAUAGGAGGCUUCUCUACACUAUCAGCAAAGGUGGAAGUGAAGCACUUCUCCAAGCCGUGGUGAAUGCUGCCCAGGUGCCCAUUCCUGACUAUGAUAUCCUCUUGCCCUUGCUUCGUCUGUUGGCCAAAGUGGGCCAAAAAGAUAAGAAAUUUGGGCUGAAAGCACAAAGACUGGGAGCACUUGAUACGACACUCAGCUUGGCAAGGAAGAACAUAAAUCAUCACCAGAAUCUCACCCCCUGCCUUUGGGCGCUCCAAGUGUAUGCUUCUAGUGUGACAGCUGGAACCAUGUUGGGUAUUAACGGGGCGAUGGAGCUGCUUUUCAAAGUGAUCACACCUUACACCAAGAAGCGCACCAGAACAACAAGGGCAGUGGUUGAAGCUCUGGCAGCUUUGCUGAAAUCAAAGUCCAACAGUCGCCGAGCGGUCAACAGAGGCUAUGUUUGCCAGCUGCUGCGGUUGUACCAGGAUUGGCAUCGCCAUGAUACUUCCAACCAUUAUGUUCACAUCCGGAGGGGUCUCCUGCUUUGCCUCAAGCACAUCACCAAUGUCCGCUCCGGUCGAGAAGUCUUCCUUCUUUCUCACGGUCUGGAAACUCUCUUCACAACAGCUCAGGACGGCUUGACCGGCAAGAACCUAGAUCCAAUAGCGAACACAGUGACCCAGAUCCUGAGGAAGACCUUUCCCAAGAUGCCUCUUCCUUCUGCUGCUCUUAGAAGUUCCUAUUCCUUUCCCAUACCUGGGAGAACUGAACCUUCUCAAGCUAGACCUGAAGGCUAUUUUGAAUAUGACGUUGAGGAAGACAUUGAAAAAGACUUAGAUGAUGCGGAAAACAAAGAGGAAGACGAUGACUUAGAAACUGAUGCUGAGAAACUCCUAUCAAAACCAGAGCUUGACCGGCCAGAAUCGGAGCUUAAGCAGUAUAAGACCAUGUGUCCAGAACUUUGCUGUAACUUUGGGGAACCAGAGUCUGAAAAUGAGAUCACCUCUGAGGACAUCUCUGCCACGCUGACCCGUUCCUGCCUCCAUGUGAUUCCAAAUGCAGAUUCCUCAAAGCUCCAGCCAGAGUGUCCAGAGAGGGACCAAAUCGCUCAAAAGGAAAAACUGUCCCAAAGAACUUCUCGGGUUCUACUGAAGAACUCUCUGAAAAGAGAUAAACCUUCUCAAGGGCCUAGAAAAGCAAUUCACAAUGAAUCUCAGCCUUCGGAGGAUUCGUUCAGAGGAGGAGAAGACCCAGACAAAGGUGCUGCUGCUUUGCAUCCUCUGGCCAAAGCGUCCUUGCGGGACAAAAGAACGGCACCUUCUCAGCAUGUGAACUCCUGCCGAUCCAAUGGCCAAGAGACCGUGGGGACUUCUGAGGUAGUAACCAAGCUUUUGGAGAGACACCCAGGCAAUAUCCCUUUCCACAACCCUCGCUACUAUAUGGCAAGGGCUGGCUGCACCAAGUCCAUUCCAGACUACAGAGUCCUGGCGUUCCCAGAUCUCUGGGGUCACAUCCCUCCUCCUUAUAGCCAGUUUUUACACCAGAGACGGCAUGGUGUCCAGAGGGCCAAAAUCUUUGAAGAUGUUCAUCGUGUCAUUCAGCCAAAUGAUAUAAUCAACCAAAUUGCGUUUGACUUAGAUGGCACAAGCCAUGAUGCUCCAGACUGCCUGAAGUUCUUCUCCAAGUUUGAAUCUGGGAAUCUUCGCAAAGUCAUCCAAGUGCGAGAGUAUGAGUAUGACUUGAUCCUUAACCCCGAUGUCAACUGCUCCCAGCACCAUCAAUGGUUCUACUUUGAAGUCAGUGCCAUGAAAACUGCCACUCCGUACCGCUUCAACAUCAUCAACUGUGACAAGCCUAACAGCCAGUUUAAUUUUGGCAUGCAGCCGGUCAUGUACUCAGUGAAGGAAGCUCUUCAGGGCAGACCCCACUGGAUUCGGGUGGGCUAUGAUAUCUGCUAUUACAAGAGAAACAUAACAAGAGCCCGCUCUUCCACUGCAUGCUUUGCUUGUUUGAUUCCUUAUGAAGUGCGCACCCUGUCUCUCCACGUCCCUUCUUCCAAACGUGGAUUCAUCAGGAGGGAUGUCCACUGCACGUCUCACCUCGACCUCCUGGAACAAACCACAAACCACAAGAAAAUCUUCUUCCGGAAGCAAACUCUGUGCCACACUUUAGGAGGAAACCCUUGCCCUCUGCUCACCAUCACCGCCAUGCCUGAAUCGGAAAGGAGCCACGACAUGGAGGAGUUUCGUGAACGUCCUUACGUGAUGCUCGUGGCACGCGUUCACCCUGGCGAGAGCAAUGCCAGUUGGGUAAUGAAGGGGACUCUGGAGUUUCUCCUCAGUCGAGAUCCCACCGCAGACCUGCUGAGGCACUGCUUCAUCUUCAAGAUCAUCCCCAUGCUGAACCCGGAUGGAGUCAUCAACGGCAACCAGCGCUGCUCCUUAAGUGGGGAAGAUUUGAACAGGCAGUGGCUGAAUCCCCGACCGGCAUGCCAACCCACCAUUUACCACACCAAAGGCCUGCUUUACUACCUCACCAGCCAAGGUCGGAAUCCAGUGGUGUUUUGUGACUACCAUGGCCAUUCCCAGAAGAAGAAUGUAUUCCUGUAUGGAUGCAGUAUAAAGGAAACCUUAUGGCAAGCAGGGUGCACAGUUGACCCCACUGUUGUCACUGAGGACGUUGGGUAUAGGACUCUGCCAAAGAUUUUAGACAAAGUGGCUCCUGCCUUCCUCAUGAGCAGCUGCAGCUUUCUGGUGGAGAAGUCUCGGGACGCCACGGCCCGGGUGGUAGUGUGGCGGGAAAUGGGGGUCCUGAGGAGCUACACCAUGGAAAGCACCUACUGCGGCUGCAGCCACGGCCUCUACAAGGGUCUACAGCUCGGGACUCGUGAACUGGAGGAGAUGGGAGCCAAGUUCUGCCUCGGACUCCUGGUCCUGCAGCUUAAAUCGUUGCCCUGCAGCCAGAAGGUGAUGGCUCAUGCCGCCACUCUGCUGGACGUAGAGGAAGAAAUCACCGACCUCCGGGCACAAAGAAGUAACAGCAACUGCAGCCUGGAGACAGAUGAUGAACUUCCCUACGGAGAUGAAGUGGAUUAUAAUACUGACAGCUGCUCCGACCAGGAAGGGGAUUUCUCCGAGUUGGAGGAAGAAACCCAAGAGUGUCCCCCCAGGGCUGCAGGCAGGACAGAAGCAUCAGAAGCCAAUGCAGGGCAGGUGUGUGGUCCACAGCCCCGUGGAGCUCACCUUCAUCACCAGUCGGCAAGUGGCUGGUAGCAAGUGUGUCCCACUGCUGUCAACACUUCUCUAGGUCUUCAGUGGAGCUGUGAAUUCCCAAACUAUAAGCAAAUGGGUCACUACUUGCAUCUAUAUAAUUUUUUUGCUGGUGAGAGUUCCUGUCCCAGAUGUCUUUCUCCAGUUGUGUUUGUAUUUCAAUUGCUGAUAUUAUUAUCUAAGUGCCAUAUAUAUAAAAAAGGGAAUGAUCCCUUGCCAUGUUUAAAGUUGUGUCCAAAUGACCUCUCAAGCUCUCUGUCUUAUUUGUUGCCAGAGAAACAGCAACAGAAUCCUAGAAUCCUAGAGUUGGAAGAGACCUCCUGGGCCAUCCAGUCCAACCCCAUUCUGCCAAGAAGCAGAAAUAUAACCCUAAGAAACACCCUUGAUCAAAGAUUGGCCAAUCAAAAUAACAGAGCUUAUGAAUAUGGAUAGACUCACACAAUUGUUAUCAAUCCACCAAGGAACACCAAAAACUCAAAUGGAACGGAAAGCAAUUAAAGACUAUCUGAAAUUAAUAAAGAUAAAAAUAAUAAUAUAUAGAAUCAUAGAAUCAUAGAGUUGGAAGAGAACUUGUGGGCCAUCCAGUCG